UCUGGAGUUGGAUUUUCUCUCAGACUUUAAGAGCCACGUUUUUGCGGUUUCAUCUGUUACAAUUUAAUAUAAUUUGUAUUUUCUUAAUCAAGUCAACGACAAUAAUUUAAUCAUGAUUCCAACCUUCACUGAUGUUCAAGAAUCUGACCAGUGCGAAGAGCUUCGAGACUAUUUCAAUUCACUCGGUGCCAACCUGACUGAGCAGGAUGAGGAAGGUUUUCUUAAGGAUUUGACCAAAAUUAUUGGAGUUUGUGAUCUAUGUUUCAAAGAGGAUAAAGAUGCGGAUAAGCAGUCUGUUUUAAACAGUAUUGUUUCCUUGCUUAUCCAAGUACCGCAAACCGAUCCGAUAUGCAGUGAGUUGGUGAAUGCUUUCUGUGCAAAACUGGUGGAUGUCUCAACUCCUAAUAAUGCCUUGAUUUGCAUCAAAAUUUUACAAAAUCUUUUUGAAGGCACUGGCGAAAACCCUAAAUUAAACUAUGAUAUUUAUUAUAGUCUUGUUAAAAUUGCUGGCAGUAUUGGUCGAAUCGACUUAGUUUAUGAUGAUCUGCAUAAAGUUCGAUCAACAUACAACAAGGACAAUGUCGGAUUAGACAAAGUUCAAAAAUUAUUGAGGCUUUUGCAUGAAGUCUUGCUCAAAGAUGACAGCCACGAAGCAUCUAAAGUGAUGAUCGAAUUGUUAGGAACCUACACUGAGGCCACUGCAUCUCAAGCACGGACCGAUGCUCACCGUUGCAUCGUUUCCUUCAUCUCGAACCCAAACACUUUUCUAAUGGAUCAUCUUUUAACCCUCAAGCCAGUCAAAUUCCUUGAGGGCGAGGCAAUUCAUGAUCUUCUCACUAUUUUUGUAUCUGAUAAACUCAAUGGAUACAUCAAAUUCUAUAACUCACACAAGGCUUUGAUUGAAAAUUCAGGAUUGUCCCAUGAACAGAAUCUGCAUAAAAUGAGACUGUUGACUUUCAUGCAGAUGGCCGAAAACAAGAAAGAACUCUCUUUUCAGACCAUCAAGGAGGAAUUACAAUUGGGAGAUGAAGAUGUAGAGACAUUUGUCAUUGACGUUUUGCGAACCAAGUUAGUAAAGGCAAAAGUAGAUCAAGUUAACAAAAAAGUUUCGGUCACCUCCACAAUGCAUCGAACAUUCGGACGACAACAGUGGCAACAAUUACGAGACACUCUAACCCAAUGGCAAGCAAAUCUUGCCCAUGUCCACAACACAAUCGCUUCCGCAAUUUGCGCCCAGUAUGAAACAAUGACUCCAAUCAACCCUAAUCCGAUACCUUCUUAGGCGAACUAAUUGUCAAUAAAGAUUCCAUCAAGGUUUAAUAUAUUA